AUGAAAGGACUGGAAGCGGUCGGAAAUACAUUUCAGUAUGCGGAAUUAAAUAUUCGCCAUGUUGGUAAUGCUGAUAGGACACUCGCUAUGGUAAAACGUGCGAUUCGUAUGGGUUACGAUGCUGUCGCCAUCAACAUAGACAUCGGGGACAUAGUUCCUGAAGAAAACAUAGUUGUUUCACAACUUUUUCUCAAAAUUGGUCAACUCCACCUCGUUUGGGAAGAGCAUAUGCUGCAGAAAUCCAGUACAGAAAAGAUAGAUAAGCCACCACCAAAGAAGAAAGCGCGAAAAAUGGAAGAACGAAAAGGUCGAGAGCAACAGCUGCCAGAGCCAUUUCUUGUUGAUGAAUCUUUGUUGGACCUCUCUGAUUUAGAACAACGAGGAAGGAAAUUCCGACAAUUUAGUCGAAUCACGUUUACUUUGAAUGAUGCUACUGUUAUUCAUAACGUCUUUAACAACCCUCGAUUGCGUCUUUUUGAUCUGGUAGCGGUACGACCUGCAGAUGUGAGCAUUCUUACGACGCUCACGAGGAAAACUGAUGCAGUUGAUAUAAUCACGAUGCACCCUGAAACUCACGUUGCUUGGUUGCAUAAAGCAAAAUUUAUGGAAAUGAUUCGUGUUGAAGGUGUUGGGUUCGAAAUCACGUAUGCGCCCGCCUUAUUUCCAGCUAAUAGGAGAUCAUGUCUGUACACUGGGCGAUUCCUUCUGCGUGGUCUUCGUAGCCGUGGUGUUGUAAUCACAAGCGGUGCAUCUUCCAUGUGUGAAUUGCGGGCACCCGUAGAUGUAAUGAAUAUGGCAACGCUAUGGGGAGUUUCGGGUAUGGAUGCUAGGCUGAUGAUUAGUGGUGAGGAAUUUACAUUUUGCAGAUUUUAUAUCAUUUUUCCACAGAAACUCUUGGCUUCAUAG